AUGGAUGGAAGAAAUUGCUCCUCCUUGAAUGAAUUCAUUUUCUUGGGAAUAACGAAUAACCCUGAUAUCAAAAUGACCCUUUUCAUCAUAUUUCUAAUUGUUUAUCUCAUAACUAUUAUGGCAAAUCUUGGAAUGAUCAUUUUAAUUAGAAUGAAUUUGCAGCUUCAGACACCAAUGUAUUUUUUCCUCAGCCACCUCUCUUUCUGUGACCUCUGCUAUUCUACUGCAAUUGGGCCCAAGAUGUUGGUGGACCUCUUGGCCAAGAACAAAUCAAUUCCCUUCUACGGCUGUGCUCUGCAAUUCAUGAUACCCUGUAGCUUUGUAGAUUCUGAGUGUCUUCUGCUGGCAGUGAUGGCCUUUGAUCGGUACAAGGCCAUUAGCAACCCCUUGCUCUAUACAACAAACAUGUCCAGGAGGGUGUGCUUCCUACUCUUGGCUGGGGUUUACUUGCUGGGUAUGGCAGAUGCUUUGAUACAUACUGUAUUAACAUUCAGCGUAUGUUUCUGUGGGUCCAAUAAGAUUAAUCAUUUCUUCUGUGAUAUCCCUCCUCUCUUACUGCUAUCUUGCUCAGACACACAGGUCAAUGAGCUAGUGUUAUUCACCACUUUUGGUUUUAUUGAACUGAAUUCCAUUUCAGGAGUUCUUGUCUCUUAUUGUUACAUCAUCCGAUCAGUCUUAAAGAUCCACUCUGCUGAGGGAAGGUUCAAAGCUUUCUCGACGUGCACCUCCCACUUGACUGCAGUUGCAAUUUUCCAGGGAACUAUGCUCUUCAUGUAUUUCCGGCCAAGUUCAUUCUACUCCCUUGAUCAAGACAAAAUGAUCUCAUUGUUUUACACCCUUGUGAUUCCCAUGUUGAACCCUCUGAUUUAUAGCUUAAGGAACAAGGAUAUGAAAGAGGCCCUGGGAAAGCUGAAAAAUAAAAGAUGGUUUUAA